UGAGGCACCGGCCUCGGACGCGGGGCCCAGUCUGUUGGGCCGUGAGCGGCCGCGGCGUGGGCGGCGAGGCCUCCCAGAUGCCGGUUGGGGCUCUAAGGAGUGGAGCGCAGGCUGGGCCCGGGCCGCGGGCGGGGUAGGAGGCCGACGGGCCUGCUCGCCCCGCGCGUGGAUGAGGCGGCCGCGGUGGCGAUGGACGCCCUAGAAGAAGAGAGCUUCGCGCUGCCCUUCUCUUCCGCCUCCGAUGCAGAAUUUGACGCUGUGGUUGGAUACUUAGAGGACAUUAUCAUGGAUAACAAGUUCCAAUUAUUACAGAGGAAUUUCAUGGACAAGUAUUACCAGGAAUUUGAAGACACAGAAGAGAAUAAACUCACCUACACAUCUAUUUUUAAUGAAUAUAUUUCUUUGGUAGAGAAGUAUAUUGAAGAACAGCUGCUGGAGCGGAUUCCUGGAUUUAACAUGGCAGCUUUCACGACAACUUUGCAGCACCAUAAAGAUGAAGUGGCUGGUGACAUAUUUGACAUGCUGCUCACGUUCACAGAUUUUCUGGCUUUUAAGGAGAUGUUUCUGGACUACAGAGCAGAAAAAGAAGGCCGGGGACUGGAUUUAAGCAGUGGUUUCGUGGUGACUUCGUUGUGCAAAUCCUCUCCUUUGCCAGCUUCCCAGAAUGACCUGCGGCACUAAGUUCCACGACCAGGCACCGGUAUCUUUCUGGACGUCACCAGCCCAGCAGACUGACUGUGUGACAGGACACAUCUUGGGAAGCCUGGCUCUGUCCCCCAACUCUUCACUGAUGUUAAGUAUUGAUGGGUCAGAAGACAAUCAUCUGCCCCUCCUGGGCCCCUGCAGCACCUUGUGUUCAGUAAUCCGAGCCCUGCUCCCCAAGCAGACCCCUCUCUCAGGCCUGAGGCAGGCUUCUUCCCCAGCAUGCAUGUUGGCAGGUCAGCAGCACUUGGAAGAACCCACCAUCUCCGGCCCUCUUCGGCCCUGCAUGUCCAUCAGGCUUCCUGUGAGCAUCAGUGUUGGUCCUGCAGCCUCACGGGGUGGGGGGUUUGUCCAGUGUGGGAACGUUUCUCUAGGGUAUUCCUCGAGCCAGCUGCCCUGUGCAGCAGCUCACAGCGCCGCCGGGCCUGGCUGGAGGAAUAACCGAGAGGUGUCCCUGACCUGAAGCUACAUGUGAAAAUCACUUCCUUGUUUUACACGCGGCAGUCCCUGCAUCACUGUCUUUUGCUGGUCCUGAUGUAGUCUGUUUCUAGAAUUCUUCUAAGCAUUUUUAGAAAACUAUUUUUAUAGAUGAAUACUCAGGCUAACCUAGUGGCUAUAAUCUUGGAACUUCCAUGAUUGCCCACUUAAAGAUCAAAGUAUUAUAUACUGUGUCCUUUUUAGCUUUUAGUGCUGUGAAAGCAAAGAUGCUUUCUGUGUUAACGUUCCUAGUUUACCGGUGUGUGCUUAUGCUGGAAGUAGGCUCAAAGGUCUCCCUUUCUUACAGCAUGUCAAGUGUUCAUACAGGUUUGUUCAAACCCCUUCUGUAUAAAUCAGUUUGUUAGGUUUCCUCUUGGGGUACGGGCUCAGUUCUUCCUGCUCUCGGGCUCUCCCUACCAAGGCGGAGUUCCGCUGAGCUGGUGCAGCGUGAGGAGGAGAGAGCAGACAGCUUUACUGGUCACGUGUGUGCUUUGAUUUAGCACAGUGUUUCAUAGAAAUAACCAGAAAACAUGGAUGUCACAUCUCUAGAAAGAAACCAUUUCAAUUCUCGGUGUGUACCUUCCAAAUUUUUUUUUUUUUAAAGUAAAGAUAAGACUAUACUGACUUUAGUCGGCUGCUCUGGUUUGAAAGUAUGAGCUGUAGAUGCUGUUUUCCUGUCCUGACGUGUGGCGCUUAUUAAAUGCUUUUGUACCAGGAGUAAACCUGGAGGUGCGCCGCCAGAGCCGUCAUCUUUCACGAGUCCCUCCCCUUUCUUUACUGUCGCCACUGCCCCUCAUAGAGCCCCCUUUUGCCAAUGCCACCCCUCCUGGCCUUGCUUUAAACGGGCUACUCACUGUAGGCUGGGCAUGGCCGAAGUACUUGAAGACCCUUGGGUCUGUCUGCCUGGUUGAGAAAAGCCACAUAUGUGGACUUACAGAACAUGAAUGAGAGCAGAGGCAAACGGUUUUCUUCCAGUCAGAGGAGAAAGCCAGCCAGCUGGUUGCUUAAUAUUAGUAGAGAGGCUUCCUGGUUUUAUAAAACCAGAAACCUGUCUCUGUCCACACAGGAACUCCCAUCAUCAUGUGCCACCUUUGAUGGGGCUCAGGGCUGGCCUGGGAUGAGAAAGCCCCACGUCCUGCCCAGCCUCGGUGACCGCUGCCCUGUCUUAUUGCGCAGACCUCUCACCCCUGGGAAGCAGUGUUCACCGACACUGCAGGGUGGCAGGAUCAGGGAGGCACCGGCCUAACCGAGAGGAGCGGUUUGAGGGAGUUAAUGUCUGCGGGGCGGCGGGCUGCGUUUUGGCAGGUCAGAAACCAGCAAGGCUUCUCUAGGACUUCGUUUCCUCUUGUCAGAAGAGGAUGAGUUCAUCUUACUUAAAACUGAACCCUGUCCUUAUGGCUUAAUCCCGGAACUAGUCCAUUUACCAAAUUCUGAGCCACUUGAGUAAAAAGGGAUGCCAUUAGCAUCCACACCAGCAGGGCCUUGGGUGUCUGACCUAACCCCGUCCCUCUGUUCUGGAGCAGUCCCCCAGACCCUCUGUCCCAAGACCCCCCUCCCGUGGGUGCCUGAGAUCCCCGACAGUACCGAACCCUCUUUAUACUGUUUGUCCUGGUACGUCCGCAGCUAUGACAGAGUUUAGAAGGCAUGGUAAGAGGUUAAUAAAAUACUUAGAAAGGCA